UAGUUUUAAUACUUUUUCCUUUUUAGGCUGUAAUGUUUACGGUAGGUGCAAGCAUAGGUUUCUACUCUGGCGAUGUUAAUUCACUUUUAGACGAUAUGAAAGUUUUAAAACCCACUUUUUGGCCAGCGGUACCUAGAAUGUUGAACAAGCUCUAUGAUAUGACUCAAGCAAAACUUAGUAAAGAAAUGAUGAAGAUGAAUGUUGUAAGCAAUAGACAUGGAAUGAAAAAAUCUAGAGGUAUAGAAGAGCUCUGGACUCCAGAAAUAUGUAAAGGUUUCGCUGAAAGUCUAGGGGGAAACAUAAAAGCCAUUCUUUCCGCAGCAGCACCCAUAUCAGAGACUGUUCUUCGAUUUUAUCGCCAAGUCUUAAACUGCCAAGUAAGCACUUGUGUGAACAAUAACCCUUGUGUAAACUUCAAAAAACUUGAAUCUUAUUAUUGCAGCAACUGUGAAGCUAUUUAAAAGUUGUGGUUCAUA